AUGGCAUUGAACCUUGGCAGUUGGCACCUUAGCUUGACUUCUGUAAUGGUACCUAAGAUGGCAUACCUAAAGUGGGCAGGCUUGGCUUAUACCCCAGAUGUAAAAAUAUAUGUGCCGGCUGUAGUGACUAGGGAUGUGCAAGGCCGUAAGAAGUCAAAUUUAUCAAAGUCCCCAACGGCUACCUUCUACUCCCCACUCUCUCAUCUCCCGCCAUGUCCAUCCAUCCACCAUAUCAAGCAAGCUCAUGGCCUAAUCAUAGCAGUGGGUCUCUCCACCAACAACACAAUCAUGGCUCACCUUCUCUCCGCAUUAGCUAUCUCUCCACCAGAUUCAUCGCCAUCAACCUCACAAUAUUCACUCUCGAUAUUUCAACGUUUCGAAAACCCAAACAUUUUCGCUUCAAAUAGUAUGAUUAGAUGUUUGGCUAAAUCCCAAACUCCUCAAAAUUCCUUUCUACUGUAUAAAUCCAUGCAUCAGAAUGUUUACUGUCAGCCUAAUAAUUAUACUUUUCCAUUUGUUCUUCAAGCUUGCAGUAAGCUUUUAGGUACUCGUGAAGGACUCCAGAUUCAUAAUCAUAUUGUUAAACUCGGGUUUACUAAAGAUGUUUACAUCAAAAACUCUUUAAUCAAUUUUUAUAGUAUGUGUGGUCAAAUACAAAGUUCCCGUCAAGUGUUUGAUGAAAAUCCUCAGUGUAGUGAUAUUGUUACUUGGAAUGCAAUUUUAGCUAGUUAUGCUAGAGAUGAGCAGUUAGAUACCUCGGAACAGUUGUUUGAUGAAAUGCCUGAGAAAGAUGUGAUUUCUUGGAGUACAUUGAUUGUGGGUUAUGUUCAAGGAGGAAAAUUAGAAAAGGGGUUGGACUGUUUUAGAGAAAUGAAAGAGAAAGGACUAAUUCCAAAUGAGGCAAUUUUUGUUACUGUUCUCUCGGCUUCAGCUCAAAUGGGUUUGCUUGAGCAUGGGAAACUAGUUCAUUCCACUAUAAAAGCGUCCAACUGUCGAAUGACUGUUCCACUAAAAACUGCUCUUAUCAAUAUGUAUGCAAAAUGUGGUUGUAUUGAGAUGUCAAGGCAACUUUUUGAUGAAAUGCGUCGAAGAGAUGUUUGGUCUUGGAAUGUCAUGAUUUGCGGUUUAGCAACUCAUGGCCUAGGAAAGGAAGCUCUUGGACUUUUUGAAAGGUUCACGAAAGAAGGGCGGAGACCAGUUAAUGUGACCUUUGUCGGGGUAUUGAACGCCUGCGGUCGAGCAGGUCUUGUCAAUGAAGGCCGGCGAUAUUUCAAGUUGAUGACAGAGGUUUAUGGGAUUGAGCCGGAGAUGGAGCAUUAUGGGUGCAUUGUUGAUCUCUUGGGCAGAGCUGGAUUUGUGGAAGAAGCUUUGCAAUUGGUCGAGAAUAUGACAAUUCAACCAGAUCCCGUAUUGUGGGGAACAUUAUUAGGGGCAUGUAAGGUUCAUGGGCAAGUUGAAUUAGGUGAAAAACUCGGCAGGAAACUAAUUGAAAUGGAUCCUAAACAUGACGGCCAUUAUGUAUUGCUUGCCAAUAUUUAUGCGAAAGCUAGAAAAUGGGAAGAUGUGGUCAGAGUAAGAAGACUAAUGGUUGAUCGAGGAAAUAAUAAAAUUGCUGGAUGGAGCUUGAUUGAAGCACAGGGAGAGGUUCAUCGGUUUAUCGUAGGGGAUAGAGAGCAUAAACACUCUUUGGAGAUAUACAAAAUGCUCAAUGUGAUUGAUAGGCGUCUGGCAGAAGCCGGAUACUCCCCAGAUGUUUCACCUGUUUUACAUGAUAUAGGAAAGGAGGAGAAAGAGAAUGCAAUUAGAGUGCACAGUGAGAGGUUAGCUAUUUCUUUUGGUUUGUUGGUAACACAAGUUGGUGAUUGUAUUCGAAUUGUGAAAAACUUGAGAGUUUGUGAGGAUUGUCAUUUGGUUUGCAAGAUGAUCUCGAAGGUUUUUGAGCGGGAGAUUAUUGUAAGGGAUGGAAGCCGAUUUCAUCAUUUUAAAAAAGAAUUGGCAACUUAUCUUCAUCAUCAUAUGGACAGCAUCCUCCUCCAAGCACAACAACAGGUCACUGCAUGCUUAUUCUCUACACAACUUCAAAGUUAAACAGACUGUUGGAUUAUUGAUAGUUACUUUGAAGAUGUCAUGGGUACUAGCGGAACUUUUCAAAACCUGCACCUUAUAUGGAUUAAAAGCUCCUGAAACCUGUCCAGAUUUUGUCCAAAGUUUCAGCAAUUUGUAGAAUUUGUUUACCCUAACUUGUCACCUACCGGCCAAUUUUUUCUGGGUGUCUACUGAAAAUAUCGGGAACAUGCUCGGUCUCCAUUAACAAUACAAAAGCAAUGGUGCAUACCUAUGACAAUGUAUUGGAGCUUAGACAGGGUUGGGUUUUACUUGAUAUGCAAUUAAGUUUUAGCCAGAUAAUAAUUUUCAAAUGCUAAAGCCAACAUGUGAAGAGCAAGUGCCCAACUUGUGUUUAUGUAAUGAUCUUCAUGACCUACUUAACAUUUAAAAUUGAAUUUUGAAGUCUCAUAUGCGCA